CUCUGCAUCAAUCAAUCAAUAACAUAUAUAUAUAUACAAGAUGGAUAUCUGUAUCUAUUUGUGAUCGUCAUCCAUCAGUCAACCAAUAAUUAUAUCUGUAUCUAUUAAAUCCCUCCUCAUCAAGGGAGGGGAAAGAAAGAGUGUUGAUUUCAUACAAUUAGAAACAUAUACAUGCAUGUAUCAUCAUAAAUAAAUCAUUAGUGAUGGAUCUCCACAGCAUUAGCAGCAGCAGCAGUAGCAUUCUUAUUAUUUACUUAAUAAUUAUUACAUCCAUAGCAUUAAACCUCACUGCAGCAACAGCAGAUGGAUCUUCUUCAUGUGAUAACAUUUCCGUAUCAGUAAAAAUCAAAAUUUGGGUGGAUGGUAUUGAAGGCCAAACAUUGGAGGGUCUAAGUGCCACAUUUAGUGCAAAAAUUCCUGAAACUGCUAAUGGACUUUCUAGACUGUCUGCUGUAGUAGCAAAUCCCUCAAAUUGCUGUUCCAAUUUGUCCUCUGAGUUAUCCGGCUUUACGGUCUUUGCCCGUCGUGGUGAUUGUGACUACUUGGUUAAAGCGGAAGUGGCACAGGCGGCAGGUGCUGCAGGCCUGGUGGUCAUAAAUGAUAGUGAAGAUAUUGUGGAGAUGAGUUGCAGUGAGAAAAAUGCAUUGAACAUAAGUAUUCCUGUUGUAAUGAUCUCAAAGCAUGAUGGGGAUGCUUUAAAUAAAUCUCUAUCAGGAGGAGGCAAAGUGGAACUUCUAGUAUAUGCACCUGAGAGCCCACUCAUUGACCCUGGAGCAGCCUUUUUAUGGUUGAUGGCUGUUGCAACAGUAGUAUGUGCAUCACUUUGGUCCAAUAUCACCAAAAGUACAGACAGCAAUGAGCCCUAUGAUGCGCUCUCACCAAAGCCUAAUGAUGAGGAGAAUGAAAUUAUUGAGAUGAGUACAACAAGCGCUGUAGUAUUUGUCAUUACAGCAUCAACCUUUUUGGUGCUGCUCUAUUUCUUUAUGUCAUCAUGGUUUAUAUGGGUGCUCAUCGUAUUUUUCUGCAUUGGUGCUGUUGAGGGUAUGCAUUCUUGUAUAGUGGCACUGAUUAAAAGAAAAUGUAGAAACUGUGGUCAAAAGACGGUCAACGUACCACUUUUUGGGACAACUACUGUUAUGUCUCUAUUGGUACUUCUAUUUUGUGUAGCAUUUGCAAUUUUCUGGGUAUGGACUCGGAAGGAAUCAUAUUCAUGGGCCGGCCAAGACGUUUUAGGAAUAUGUUUGAUAAUAACAGUGUUGCAGUUAGCCCAACUACCCAAUAUCAAGGUUGCUACCGUGCUCCUUUGUUGCGCAUUUUUGUAUGACAUCUUCUGGGUCUUUAUAUCGCCUCUUUUCUUCCAUGACAGUGUUAUGAUUUCGGUUGCUCAAGGUGAUAGCAGUAGUGGAGAAUCAAUUCCUAUGGUUCUGAGGUUUCCACGGCUCUUUGAUCCUUGGGGUGGAUAUAGUGUGUUGGGUUUUGGGGAUAUACUUUUUCCAGGCCUGCUUCUAUCAUUUACUGUUAGAUUUGACAAUGCAAAAAAGAGGACAUGGCAGGAUGGAUAUUUUGUGUGGCUAGCAAUCGGCUAUGCAUGUGGCCUCUCGCUAACCUACUUAGCAUUGUACCUGAUGAACGGGCAUGGUCAACCUGCUUUGCUCUAUCUUGUUCCUUGUACCCUAGGGACUUGUAUCAUAUUGGGUUGGGUAAGAGGUGAACUAAAGGAGCUUUGGUAUUAUGAUGCAAAUGAAUCCAAGCAUACCUUAAUAGGAGAAGAAGCAGCUUGAUCCGUAUCAUGUAUACUUGUGCUGGUUAUCACAAAGAGCAUUGUUUUGUGUUAGCUACUGCUUCAUGUGUAUUUAUACUGUGUAGUACUGUCCUUAAUUUGGUUAUUUUUUUUAAACGUUUUAAACUAUACGUAGCUUCAAACUCUUUAAAUUACUUACUUUCUGUUGAUCUUAGUUAUAUAAUUUGGAGAAUUGUGUUUUA